AUGUGGCAGCGGACACGGCUCCGGCCCCGCGCGUCCUGGCGCUGGGCGCUGGCGCUGCUGACUCUGGGCGGCGCGGGUCUGUGCCACGCCGGCCCGCAGCCCAUGCACCCCGCGCGGCCGGGAGCCAGGAACAAGAACUGGUGCGCCUACAUCGUGAACAAGAAUGUGAGCUGCUCUGUGCUGGAGGGAAGUGAGAGUUUUAUUCAGGCUCAGCACAACUGUGCCUGGAACCAGAUGCCCUGUCCGUCCGCGCUGGUGUAUCGUGUGAACUUCAGACCCAGAUAUGUCACCAAGUACAAGACAGUGACACAGUUGGAAUGGAGGUGCUGCCCUGGCUUUAGAGGGGGAGACUGCCAGGAAGGUCCCAGGGACCCUGUGAAGACUCCCCGCCUCACGCCCGCCCGGCCUCGAAAUAGCAUGAAGAAAGCCACAGAUAAUGAACCAAGCCAAGUCCCAGAGCCCAAGAAGACUUUGUCACCAACUCGUGCAGCGGAACCAAGCCAAACGGUAGAUCCCAAACAGGGGCCGCAAGAACUUCAGGAACAGAAAAUCCAGGUGCUUGAAGAGAAGGUUCUCCGACUCGCAAGAACAGUUCUUGAUCUCCAGUCUUCCAUUGCUGGAGUGAAUGAAAAUCUCAAGCAUACCAUUCAGGACAAUGCCAGCAAAAUGCUGGCAUCAUGGCUCAGUAACCUGCACCCCCAGCCGGUGCCCGACAGUGCUGUUGGCGGAGACACAGAGACCAUCCAGCUUCCUGAUGUCCUCAACAAUAAGGAAUCUGGCAUGAAGGACAUCAAGUCUGAAUUGGCUGAGGUCAAGGAUGCUCUGAAGAACAAGAGUGACAAACUGGAAGAGCUGGAUGGGAAGGUAAAGGGGUAUGAAGGACAGCUCAAACAGCUCCAGGAGGCUGCCCAGGGCCCUACGGUGACCAUGACGACCAAUGAGCUCUACCAAGCCUAUGUCGAUAGUAAGAUUGAUGCCCUGAGAGAGGAGCUCAUGGAGGGAAUGGACAGAAAGCUGGCCGAUCUGAAGAACUCAUGCGAGUACAAGCUGAUUGGUCUCCAACAGCAGUGUGAUGACUAUGGGAGCAGCUACCUAGGAGUGAUUGAGCUUAUAGGAGAGAAGGAAACAAACCUGAAAAAAGAAAUAAAUGAUCUUCGAGCCCGGGUACAAGAUCCUUCAGCUCAGUCAAAUUGCUGUGGUGGUGAAAAGAAUGGUGACUUUGGGCAACAGAUCAAGAUGUUAGACCAGAAAAUCGAAAGAGUUGCUGAAGCCACCAGAAUGCUGAAUGCACGAAUGGACAAUGAAUUUGACCGCCUUGUAGUUCCAGAGCCAGAUGUGGACUUUGAUGCCAGAUGGAAUGAACUAGAUGCAAGGAUCAACGUGACAGAGAAGAACGCGGAAGAACAUUGCUUUUACGUUGAAGAAACCCUUCGGGGGACGAUUAAUGGCGAGGUAGAUGACCUGAAGCAACUUCUUGAUCAGAAAAUACAGUCUUUGGAAGAGCGCCUGGGGACUGUUCUCCUGGAGGUGGCCAACAGCACUGAGGCAGAACUCACCCCCCCAGCCUCAGCCUUACCGGGUGGGUCAGGGGCUGAGAACAAACAGGUCAUGAUUGAGUUAAGUCACCUGAAGAACAAAGUUCAAGUUGUUGAGGAUAUUUGCCGGCAGAACUUUCAGAGAGAGCCUCAUGGCUUAGAAGAUACUUUGCCAAAUGGAGAAGACCACAUAACGGGUGAUAGUUUGAACCUUUUGAAAUCUCUGAAUGACACGAUGCAUAAGAAGUUUCAAGAAACUGAAUGUAGCAUCCAGAAACUUCAACAGGAUUUUAGUUUUCUUUAUUCUCAACUAAACCACACAGAGGACUACGUGAAUCAUCUCCAGAAUGAGCUGAGCAGCUGUAGAGAAGGUAAAAAUGCUGCAGUGGGUGGGUUUCCUAAGGGGGGCGAGCAAGGAAGGGCGGUGGAGCCCCUCCCAUCUCCCCGGAACCCCAAGGCUCAUUGCUGCAGCCAGCUGGAGGAGAGGUGGCAGCACCUGCAGAGCCGGGUCCUCUCGGAGCUGGACACUUGUAAGGAAAACACGCACGGGGUCCAAAGGGAUGUCUCCAUGGUUGAGAGCAGGGUAUCUCAAAUGGAGAAAACCUGCAGCAAGCUGGACUCCAUCUCAGGAAGUCUUCAGAGGAUCAAAGAGGGGCUCAACAAGCAUGUCAACAGCCUCUGGAGUUGUGUCAGGCAGAUGAAUGGGACACUCCGGUCACAUUCCAGAGACAUAUCUGGCCUGAAGAAUUCAGUCCAGCAGUUCUAUAGCCACGUUUUCCAGAUUUCUACCGACUUGCAAGAUCUGGCCAAAUUUCAGCCAUCAGCCAAAGUACCAGGACAACAGAUUGAAAAUGAAAAAGGAAUACUCCUUCACCACAGGGAAGAUGGCAAAAUGUUGAUCUGUGUACACCGUCAUGUUGCCGAGGAGCCCUCAGAAGCACUGCCGCCCCCCCCGCCCCGAGGAAAGACCCCGCAGGUGCCUGGAAGGCCCUCCCACCCGGCUCUGGAGGAGGCCCCCACGGAGGCCUCUCAUCCCGAGCCGACCCCUCUGCCGACACCGAGCGCUCCCCUGCUUCCUGAGGACCCCAGAAGACGGCCACACACGGACCAGUGGCCUGUCCUGCCCAAGAGACCCCCGCAGCCACUGCCCCCGCCAACACGGCCGGGCUGGACAGGGAUGCCCUACUUGCCCGGCUCCACGGGGGUUAUUAUGGAGACUGGAGAGGCCGGGCCUCCGGGGAGGAUGGGCGUGUCGGGGAGGGGCCUGCCCCAAGGAGUGGACGGCCAGACGGGGCAGGGGCCCAUCCCCAGCGCCGAAGGCUUCGCGGGAGCACCAGGAUACCCCAACUCCCCUCCGGUAGCCUCCCCAGGGGUUCCAGUGCCUUCUCUGGUGUCUUUCUCUGCGGGGCUCACUCAGAAGCCUUUCCCCAGCGACGGCGGCGUCGUCCUCUUUAACAAAGUGCUGGUGAACGACGGAGAUGUGUACAACCCCAACACCGGCAUCUUCACGGCUCCGUAUGAUGGGCGCUACCUGAUCACGGCCACCCUCACUCCUGAGAGGGACGCGUACGUGGAGGCUGUCCUGUCGGUCUCCAAUGCCAGUGUGGCCCAGCUGCACACAGCCGGCUACAAGAGGGAGUUCCUGGAAUACCACCGGCCCCAGGGGGCUCUGCACACUUGUGGGGGCCCGGGGGCGUUCCACCUCGUCGUGCACUUGAAGGCAGGAGAUGGUGUCAACAUCGUGGUGACUGGGGGCCGGUUGGCUCACACGGACUUUGAUGAAAUGUACUCCACGUUUAGUGGGGUUUUCUUAUAUCCUUUCCUUUCUCACCUCUAGGGUGGCUGGGGAAAGGUACUGGGAAAGAGUCGUAAGAACUGGGAAGCUUUAAUAUAUGCAGUUUCUGAUGUAUGUAACUGGAGCACUGGUCUAGUCUUCUGUGAACAUCCCAACCCCUCCCCCGAGAUUCAGGCCUGACGUGGCUGCCGAGGCCACACACCUGAGUGUUCCCCGGCGGGUGGCGAGGACACAUGUGCCUGACGGGGCCAUGGCCUGCUGUCGUUGCGCCCAGCUACCUGAGGAGCGGGGUCCUCCCUCCCCUGCGGCCCCCAGCGUUGGUGCCGCAUCGGCAGGAGCUCUGCUCGAGGGGCCUGAGUGGGGCCGAUCGGGUGCCCACUGCGGAGCGCGACCUGCUGCUGGAGGAGGGAGAGCUGCUGGGCUACAGGGCGGAGGGGAUGAGGGCAGGCCAGGCGGUGCUGGUGGCCACAGUCUUUAUUCACAGCGCCUGCAGGAGAAGGUUAAACACUCAAGUGCUGAAGCCACACGUGCCACCGCAGAGACCUGGGGGCAAGGUGCAGGCUGGCCUGGGCUGGCUCCGCCUCGCGCUCCAGGCCCUGGCCCAGCGGUGCAGGCAGGCUGGGAGACUGUGCAGCCUGGGGGGCUCCUUGAAUGAUGUGUACAUGUGAAGUGCAAAGGCAGGGAGUGUCAAUAAAGAUGUAAAACCACUUCAAGUUA